CGAUAGGCUGCGACAUAAGCUGCAAAACAUGCCCCUUACCAUCAUGAGGAAACUGGAGGUACUCAGAUUGCUACAGACGGAAGUUCAGACCAAACAUCAUAGAAAUGUAAAUGGAAAAGUAUCUCUGCGACAAGAUGUCCGAAAAUUGAACGAGAACUACCAUCUCUUUGAAGUUGCAAUCACUAAAAUAACAGCCUAUUUCGGAACAAACGUGGCUUCCUACUUCCGGUUUGUACGGACCCUGGUGUACGUGAACAUUGCAAUGGCAACACUCAUGGUCGCUUUCAUUGUUGUUCCAGAGGUUAUAGACGGCAAGUUACAAACAAAUGUCACCUUUGGAGGUCACUUUGGGGACUUGUCAAACAGUAUCAUGUUUUACGGUUUGUAUGCGGAGAUGCCGCACCAUUCUUACAACAUGCCGAUAGCAUUCUUCCUCACCUGGCUGUGCGCUAACCUCUUAAGCUUCAUAUUUAUCGUCACCCUAAUGAUAGUGCGCUAUCGACGUAGCAAGCUGUCGGAGGACAUGGGCAACGAGUACAAGUUCUGUUGGCGGACAUUCUGUAUGUGGGACCACUCCAUCUUUAGUCUUCCGGCGGUGAUCGACCAGGGAACGGCUCUAAGGACGGAGAUCAAGGAAAUGGUGAGAGAAGAAAAGUCGUCCGUUCAAGUUGACCUGUGUACAAGGUGCUUGAGGUAUGUAGGCAGGACAGUUAGCAACCUUGUUGUCGUCAGUUUGUUGGUCGGCAGUGGUCUCCUCAUCUACAAGGUGGCCGACACGGAGGACAUUCUGCCCGACAGUGCAUCAACAGAUCUGAAGGACCUUUUCCAGAAAUAUCAGUUGACGGCGGUAGUGGCAGGCCUCAAGUUCGUGGUUCCGCCCAUUUUCCAGCAGCUGAUUGUCUUGGAAGUCUGGCACCCCAGGGUGGAGACAAAAAUUACGUUGGCAAGGACUACAAUAUUCUAUAUCGCCAGUCUCAUGGUGUUAGUUGCGUCACUGUAUGACGUCACGGACGACUGUGCCUCCAACUCAACGCUGGUCGCAAACGAACAGAAGAAAGAGUCGUGUUGCUGGGAGAACGAGGUCGGCGAGGAGGUGUUCAAAGUCAUACUGGUUGACCUUGGCCUUAUUAUAGCAGUCGGAUCAUAUUCCAUCUCUCUCGCGCACUCAUUGCAAAGUGCACGUGCAAGUAUCAGUUUCGACAUCGUCUCGUGUGUUCUGGACGUCGUAUACGGCCAGGGCAUGAUCUGGCUCGGUCUCUACUUCUACCCGCUACUCGCUGCCGUCGGCGUCGUCAAGCUCGUCGUCACCUUCUACUUCCGGAACUUUAUUGCAAAGAGGUUUCAGCCGUCCAUCGACUGCGGUCCAUUCGGCGCGUUCGACCGUCCGUAUAACGUGAUCAGUAGGCUGGUUGGGGAUUUCCCCACGUGGCUGGAAGAUGUACUCGAGUAUCUAGGAACGCCGGCAGUGUUCGUACCCGUGCUGAUCCUUGUCAUACUCGUCGCUAUCUACUUCAAAGUGAAGUCAUCGUCUUACAAGAGAGUUAUAACGGAGCUCCGGCGUCAACUGAAAUUCGAACGAAAAGUGGAGAAAAGAAAAAUAUUCGCAACAGGACGAGCUAUUUCGGGUGGAGUUUUAAGCCGUUUUGCCUCCCAAGAGAGCAUAGUGAGCGCAGGGACAACGCCAAAGAUAUUACGUCAUAGACUUGCGUCACAAAAAUCGAAUGACGUCAGAAGCAUCGAAGAGGAAGCCGAUGUUUAAUAACAGUUUUAAACUUUCAUAGUACUUGUGAUGUAUUAAUUUGCCAAUAGACGAAUAGUGAUCUCU